UGACAAAUGACAUUGACAACAUUGAACAUCAAUGUGUUACACACGUGUUGAAUUUAAUAACAUUAAAUCAUUUCUUUUGUCGUUAACUUUUCUCAAAUGGCAGUUAUUCAACGUAUAAAAAAACCUACAACGCGCAAAGGCAAAAAAGUUUUACUUGCCAGAGAACCAAAGCCUAUUGAAGGACCUAAGCAAUGUAUUUUUCUACAAGGUCGUAAUCCGUCUGAUAGAACAAGGAAACUAUUAAAAGAUGUAUAUGAUUUGAAAAAGCCAGACGCCGCAUUUUUAAGCCGUAAAAAUGACUUCGUACCCUUCGAAGACGCUAGCCUUAUUGAGAAGUUGUGUUACAAAAAAGAAGCGGCAUUGUUUGGUGUUGGAUCACAUAGCAAGAAGCGCCCACAUAACAUAAUACUAGGAAGAACAUUUAAUUAUGGCAUUUUAGAUAUGAUAGAACUGGGGGCUGAUAAGUUUAAAGCCAUGUCUGAGUUUCGUAAUAUGAAAGUGCUGGCUGGACUAAAGCCCUGCUUGAUUUUCAACGGUCCAGCAUGGGAAUUAAAUCAAGAUUUAAAAAGAUUAAAAUCAUUGUUUAUUGACUUUUUCCACAGAGAAAAGGUAGAAAGUAUAAGACUGCAAGGGCUGGAGCAUGCUUUAAGUUUUACUGCCACCGAUAAUGGUUCAAUUUAUUUGAGAUCAUACAAAAUCCUGCUAAAGAAAAGUGGUCAGAGAACACCUAGAAUUGAACUGGAGGAAAUAGGUCCUUCAAUAGACUUUAAAUUGAGACGAACUAAGUUGGCGUCAGACGAUCUUUAUAAGGAAUCCUGUAAGAUACCUCGUGAAGUGAAACCACUCACAAAGAAGAAUAUAUCGAAGGAUGCGUUUGGUACAAAGUUAGGUCGCAUUCACAUGAUGAAGCAGGACGUCGCGCGACUGCAGACACGUAAAAUGAAAGGUCUUAAGAAAACACCAGAAGAAAAGAAGCAAAUGUUACGUAAGAAAAAGUUAGCAAGAAAGCAGACUACGGCUUAAUAAAUGAUAUUUAAUGAAAA